AUGGAAGCCUCUGAUGGGCAGGCGGACGAAAGGGAGGAGCCUCUAGAGCAGGGGAUGAAUGCACCCAGCUUAGAGAAGAGCUCCAAUACCGCCCCAGCCAAAGACUCCCUUGUGCGCCAUGCCAAGGGCCUUGACCGGGACACCUUCAAAAUUUGUAAAGAAUAUCUAAGGCCACUGAAGAAAUUCCUGCGAAAGCUGCACCUGCCAAAGGACCUUCCGCAGAAGAAAAAACUGAAGUACAUGAAGCAGAGCCUGGUGAUCCUAGGGGACCACAUCAACACCUUUCUGCAGCACUACUGCCGAGCCUGGGAAAUCAAGCACUGGAAGAAGAUGCUCUGGCGGUUUGUCUCCCUCUUCUCAGAGCUGGAGGCGAAGCAGCUUCGCAAACUCUACAAAUAUACCAAGAACAACCAGACCACCAAGUUCCUGGUGGCCUUCUGCCCCUUGGAUGCCCCGGAGAGCUCCUUGCUGGCUGACCAGGAGGACAGUCUGCCCAAGCUCUGCACUGCCUGGGGGCUCCGCAGCCAUCUCAGUGGCAUGAAGGAGAGGCUGUCCAAGCUGCAGGCCCCGGGUCACCCGGCCUGCCUGCUGAAGGAGCUGAGAGCCAGGGGCCCCCGCAGGAGAGGUUCUAAGCUUCCUCAAGAGCCGAAACUCAAGAGAAGGAGGAUUAAGGAAGCCCCAGACACUCCAGAGACCGGUCCGUAG